AUGGGUCUCCCUAGGACACCCAGCACUAGGAUUUCCCAGCAGAAUUCAGGGGCCUUGUUGGAUUCUCCCAGAAGAAGUAAACGAAAAGUGGCCUUCUCUGAGAUCACCUCACCUACGAAGAGGUCUCAGCCUGAUGGACUUCAUACUUCAUCUCCAGCUCUGAAAGCCCCACAGAAAACUGGAGAGAUUCAAAGCUCAUGUGCCAAGGAUGACAAGAAGGCAUCACCUGACUGUCACAGGAUCCUGAGAACCCGAGUCCCAGCCUUGAAAACCACAGAGACGAGUGAGGAAAGAACACUUACCCCUAUCAAGAGGGGCUGGAAAUCCUUGGCUGUGCCUUUCAUGAUUCUGAAACCAGAAAACAUCAAAAAGAGGGAGGCAGAAGAACCAGAAGCUCAGGAUAAAACUACCUCUACCCCACAUCGGAUCCAUAGGAAGAGUUCUCUCUUGACUUUGAAUCGGAUUAGGCAGCAGCUUCGGUUUUUAGGUAAUAGUAAAAGUGACCAAGAAGAGGAUGAGUUUCUGCCGGCAGCAGAGAUUUCAGACUCUGGCAGUGAGGAGGAAGAGACUUCCACACCACCCCUUCCAAGGAGAACAUCCAGUAGGGUGUCCAAGAACCUAUGCUCUUCCAUGAAGUCAUCCUUACAGACCCCCUCAAAGACACCAAAGAAAACCCCCAAGCCUAGUACACCACGCCAUGCCACUCCCCAGAUCCCCAGCCGAAACCUGGCUGCCCAGGAGCCAGCCAGCAUGCUGGAGGAGGCCCGGCUGAGGCUGCAUGUUUCUGCUGUACCUGAGUCUCUUCCCUGUCGGGAACAGGAAUUCCAAAACAUCUACAACUUUGUGGAAAGCAAACUCCUUGACCAUACGGGAGGGUGCAUGUACAUCUCCGGGGUCCCAGGGACAGGGAAGACUGCCACUGUGCACGAGGUGAUACGGUGCCUGCAGCAGGCCGCCCAAGUAAAUGACAUUCCUCCCUUUCAAUACAUCGAGGUCAAUGGGAUGAAGCUGACAGAGCCCCAUCAGGUCUAUGUGCAGAUCUUGCAGAAGCUGACCGGCCAAAAGGCAACCGCUAACCAUGCGGCAGAACUGCUGGCAAAGCGCUUCCUGACCCGGAGGUCCUCUCAGGAAACCACCGUGCUGCUUGUGGAUGAGCUUGACCUUCUGUGGACUCAGAAACAAGAUGUACUAUACAAUCUCUUUGACUGGCCCACUCACAAGGAGGCCCGGCUUGUGGUCCUGACCAUCGCCAACACGAUGGACCUGCCAGAGCGCAUCAUGAUGAACCGGGUAUCCAGUCGACUGGGUCUUACCAGGAUGUCCUUCCAGCCCUAUACUCACAGCCAACUGCAGCAGAUCCUAAUAUGCCGACUCAGACAUAUAAAGGCCUUUGAGGACGAUGCCAUCCAGCUGGUAGCCAGGAAGGUAGCAGCCCUUUCCGGAGAUGCACGACGCUGCCUGGAUAUUUGUAGGCGUGCCACAGAGAUCUGUGAGUUCUCCUGCCAGGAGCCCAACUCUCCUGGCCUGGUCACUGUAGCCCACUUACUGCAAGCAGUAGAUGAGAUGUUCUCAUCGUCGUAUAUCACUGCCAUCAAAAAUUCCUCUGUUCUGGAACAGAGUUUCCUGAGAGCCAUCCUUGCUGAGUUCCGUCGAUCAGGACUGGAAGAAGCAACAUUUCAAAAGGUGAUUGAUCUUUUCUUUAAAUCCUUUUAGAUUUUGCUCUUGAUGCCUUUUAAAUAGGAGGGAAUUUCAAUGGCUUUGUA